AUGCUUAGGCUGCGCUUACUAACAUGGGACGUGAAGGACACGCUGCUGCGGCUGCGGCGGCCUAAGAGUUAUGCGGCUGAGGCCCGGGCUCACGGGCUCCAGGUGCAGCCGGAGGCUCUUGGUCAGUCUUUCCGGGAGGCAUAUGGAGCCCAGAGCCGGCGCUUCCCCAACUACGGCCGGGGCCAGGGGCUGAGCUCCCAGCAGUGGUGGGUCGAUGUCGUGAAGCAGACCUUCAGGCUCUCAGGCGUGCAUGAAGACAGAGUCCUAACACUGAUGGCAGAAAAACUCUACCAUGAUUUCUGCAGUGCCCGCAACUGGGAGGUGCUGCCAGGAGCCAGUGAGACCCUGAGCUGGUGCUGCCAGCAUGGCUUCCGCAUGGGGGUGGUCUCCAACUUUGAUAACCGGCUGGAAAACAUCCUCUCCCAGUGCAACCUGCGGCACCACUUUGAAUUCAUCCUCACUUCUGAGGACACAGGCUUCACCAAGCCGGACGGGAGAAUCUUCGAGAAAGCGCUGCGCCUCAGCGGGGUCCCCCCAGAGCAGACGGCUCACGUGGGAGACGACUACACCCGGGAUUACAGGGCAGCACGAGCUGUGGGCAUGCACAGCUUUCUGCUCCGGGCUGCUGGGCAGGGCGAGGAGCCAGAGGUGCCCCCUGAGCACAUCCUGCCCACGCUUGGCCACCUCCUGGCUCUUAUUGAGAAGGGGUAG